AUGAAUGAAUAUGUAUCAAUAUUUGGAUAUCCUAAUACUAAUAUAAGUUUACCUUUGCAAACAAUUUAUGCAAAAUUAAAAUUCGAUCCAACACAUUCAUCGAUAACAGCAAUGAAAACGAUCGAAAUGAAUGACGAAUUGAAGCGUCAUCCUGGUUCAGGUAAAACUACUCUAUCAAAAUGGUUAGUAAAAAACAUGGCUAAACAAUGUUUAGGUGAGAAAAAUAUUUCAUUUGAUAAUAAUUAUUCUAUCAAAAAUAAAAAGGUUUAA